AUGAACUUGAAAACUGGCUGGCUGCUGCUUCUCUCCAUCGCUGCCGGGGUCUGGUCAGUGCCUAUUGACCGCAAUGGAGGCAACCAAGAACUUAAAGAAGAAGCACAGGAGGAGAAUGCUGAUACUGGCCUGUACUACGACAGGUAUCUCAGGGAGGUGAUCGAGGUUUUGGAGACUGACCCUCACUUCAGAGAGAAACUGCAGACAGCGAACACGGAGGACAUCAAGAAUGGCCGCCUCAGUAAAGAGCUGGACCUGGUCAGUCACCAUGUCAGAACUCGACUGGAUGAGCUGAAGCGGCAGGAGGUGUCUCGGCUCAGGAUGCUGCUGAAGGCCAAACUGGACAGCACCAACACGCAGA